UCACAAUUAAAGUACCAACAGAUAUUAUUAUACAAGAUAUAUAAUACUAAAACUGGUUUUCGGUUUUUUUUUCGUUUUAUUUCCAUUAUUUAUUUAUUUUAUUAUUAUUUUUUUAAAUUUCGUUUCGUCGUCAACUAUACCGUCCAAGGAACGUUAACGUCUAUCGCACACUCUUUUUUUCCUUCAUUGUCUGUUGAUUUUUUCCUUCAUAAUUAUUAUAUCAAUCUUUCAAACUCAGUUUAUUACAACUAAACCCAACAAUCAGUUCGCGGACGACAGAAUACGAUGAUGUUCUAUCCACGACCAACUACUCGGAUUCGUCGAAGGCUGAAAUAAUAAAGAAAAUCAUUUCCAGUAUGUAUUGUUAGAUACACGAUGAUGGCUGGCAAAGAUGAAAUUGAUGACUGUGACAUCAUCAAACAGGGUCUGAUGGUGAAGCGGUCACAAAAUAAAAAACGAUUCAUGCCUAUUAAUUACAAACAAAGAUGGUUUGUAUUGACAACCAAGAACUUCAUUUACUAUGAAUCUGAAUCAGAAGAAAUUAUUGAAAGAAGCUCACUGCCGUGUCUCCAUAACAUACAUCAACUGCUUAACAGGCGUAAAAAAGAACGAGGUCGUAUAAAACUGUCUUCGGUAACUGUGAUUGAAACAGCUACCAUUACUUCUUCACCAAAUAUUUUAUCUCAGGAUAAUACUAACAAUGAUGGUGAAAAUGGAUAUGCAUUUCAAAUAUCAUAUAGCGAUGGAAAUGAUCAACAAUAUACAUUAUAUUUAAUCACUCAAAAACUUCAAGAUCGAUCUGAUUGGAUAAGAUCAUUAAGAGCUGUAUGUGCUGACACUUUGGUAAAGAGUGAAAAAUAUCAUUCAUCAAUUUGGGGUGGUAAAAAAUGGCAAUGUUGUCGAGCUCCAACACGUAUUGCUGAAGGCUGUGAACCAUGUUCUGAAUGGAACAAAACACCACCAAAUUCACCUGUCAUAAAAAAUAGUGAAAAUGAUAGUCCAAUAUUAGCAUUAACAGCAAGCCCAAUCAUGCCCGGUGGAACUCCAGCUGCUAAGUUAAAAGACCAAGUCCCAAGAAUUAAGGUAGUCACUGCUUUAUAUCCCUUUAAGGCGAUUGAACCAGGAGAUUUGACUUUAGUUAAAGGAUGUGAAUAUGACGUCAUUGAUGAUUCUCAAGAUCAUUGGUGGAAAGUAAGAGAUGAGCAUGGUGCUAUUGGUUACAUUCCUAGUAAUUAUGUUAAAGAAAAAGAAUUUCUCGGUCUUCAAAAAUAUGAGUGGUAUGUUGGAGAUAUGUCAAGACAGAGAGCUGAAUCUCUUCUUAAACAAGAAGAUAAAGAAGGAUGUUUUGUUGUUAGAAAUUCAUCAACCAAAGGCCUUUAUACACUAUCUCUUUUUACAAAAGUACCACAUUCACAUGUGAAGCAUUAUCACAUUAAGCAAAAUAGCCGAGGAGAUUUUUUUUUAAGUGAAAAACAUUGCUGUUCAACUAUUCCAGAAUUAAUUAAUUACCAUCGUCAUAACAGUGGUGGAUUAGCAUCACGUUUAAAAGCCUCUCCUUGUGAUCGUCCUGUUCCUGCUACAGCUGGCCUUAGUCAUGAUAAAUGGGAAAUAGAUCCUGCAGAACUCAUGUUGUUGGAAGAACUAGGAUCAGGUCAAUUUGGUGUAGUACGGCAUGGUAAAUGGAAAGGUUCUAUUGACACUGCAGUCAAAAUGAUGAAAGAAGGUACAAUGUCUGAGGAUGAUUUUAUUGAAGAAGCCAAAGUCAUGACGAAACUCCAACACCAGAAUCUAGUCCAACUUUAUGGAGUUUGUAGCAAACAUCGCCCAAUUUAUAUAGUUACCGAGUAUAUGAGACAUGGCUCACUGCUGAAUUAUCUCAGGCGGCAUGAAAACAGUUUAGGAGGAAACAAUGGCUUAUUACUUGAUAUGUGUAUUCAAGUUUGCAAAGGAAUGGCUUAUUUAGAACGUCACAAUUAUAUACAUCGUGAUCUUGCUGCUAGAAACUGUUUAGUGGGUUCAGAAAAUGUUGUAAAAGUUGCAGAUUUUGGAUUAGCCAGGUAUGUUCUCGAUGAUCAAUAUACCAGUUCUGGUGGUACCAAAUUUCCCAUUAAAUGGGCUCCUCCUGAAGUCUUAAAUUACACUAGAUUUUCUUCCAAAUCUGAUGUUUGGGCUUAUGGUGUUUUAAUGUGGGAAAUAUUUACUUGUGGUAAGAUGCCAUAUGGACGUCUUAAAAACACUGAAGUUGUUGAUCGUGUACAAAGAGGCAUUAUUUUGGAAAAACCAAAAAUGUGUUUUAAAGAAGUUUAUGAGGUUAUGCGUAAGUGUUGGAGCCAUUGUCCUGAAGAUCGUCCAUCGUUUAGAUUAUUAAAAGAUCAACUGGCUGUUACAUCUCAGGGUUUAAUAGCAGAUUGACGUGUUCCACAACAAUCUUGCAAUUGUGCUAUUUGCUUGUUGCUUGACAUUGGUUAUGAGCCCCUCAUGGAAUUGUGCCGUAUAGUGAUUGAAACAAAUCGUCGUGGCACUCUUUGAACUUACAAGUUCUAUGUUCAGUUGUCAAAAAAUUUUCUGUGAGUUUAUCUACAAAAAAUGAUCUCGAACUUUGCGAUAAGUUUUUAAGACAAUUUCAAGUGCUGUUUACAUUUUAUAAGUAAUUACUAAUUUAUUGACAUCAAUUGAGAUACACAUUCCUUGUAUGUACAUGUUUUAUUUAAAAGCUGAUAAUUUGAGCAUUUCUUAGGUCAUCAUUUUUUACAGGAUUUUAAAUCCAAAAUCAAUUUUUAAAGCUAAUUUAAGAUAUUGAAUUCUAAAUUAUUACCGAAAUAAACAACAAAAUGUUGUCUAAAUAAACAAUAUUUGUAUUAUCCACAUUUUAAAUCAAAAUUUUUCUGAAAAACAAUUCAAAAUAAUUUUAUUUUAAGUCUUCCAUUAAUAGAUAAAGUGUAAAUUAACUAACCAAUGUGUUCUAUAUUUCCAUUGUAUACACAUAUUCAUUAUUUACCCUUAAUAAUUAUUGUGAUAUAUUUUUAUCUUUUUAUUUUGAAUUUAGAACAAACACCAAAUAGAUUUAUAAAAAUAAGAAAUGUUUCAUUUAAUUUUGUGAUCAAAAUUUAAUAUUGUUAGGUACUGUAUUAAGUAUGAUGAUUAUUCUAGAAAUAGAUAUACCCUCAACCCAUUUAAGUAAGAAUAAAUUUUAUAACACAAUACCCUAUAUAUAUUCUUGAAUUCCAUUUUUCGAGCAUAAAAUCAUUUAACUUAAUUAAUGAGCUAAACAAAUUGUAAAACGUUGAUAUAUAUGCUCCAAAAGUCUAGUUUUUUGCUCAAAAAUAUGUGUAGAGUACAAAGUUUUAAAAUAUACCCUGUUUUAAUGGAUACAUCAUGGUAUUUAUGCCUAACUGAAAUAUAGAAUAUAUUAAUUAUAAAUGACAAUUUUUUUAUGGAUCCAAACUUUAAUAUUAUUAUUUUUAUUUUUUUAUUUUUAGUAAUUUUACAUACAUUCUUGUGUGUUACAACUUACAGAUCUUAUGUUUAAACUCUAUUUAUUUUUAUUGAUUUGGUAUUGUUUAUUUAAAAUAUCAUAUUAAGUCAAAUCUAUUUAUAACACUGGUAAAAUUUAACCCAUGUAUACAUAUAAGUUGUAUAUUUGUUUAGUCUCAAUUGUGUCAAAUUGUGUGUGCUUAUUUUAUAUUAUAUACAAUAUUACCAAAAAGGUAAAUUGAUCAUUAAUAUAAAAUAUAAUUAACAUAAAUAUAAAUUAUAAGUUAAGGUUUAUAAUGUCAUAAAAGAUGACAUUUAAAAUGAUAUAAUUUAACAUAAUGGUAAUAUUGAACAUUGUGUUAUUCUUUUAGUAGAUUAUUUUUAGCUAGCAAACUUAAAAAUGUUUUUAUGAGUUCCAAAAGUUUGUAUCAUUAUAGCGUUUUGUAUUUGCUUUAAAUUUGUACAAUGUAUUUAUUUAUUUUAAACUUAAAUACACCUAUCUGAUUGUAUCAUUGAUUAUUGUGUAGAUAUUAGGUCUUUAAAAUGUUAAAGAAUACUCUUAUUUUUAAGCUAUAUAUGCUCAGUUUAAUAUUUUGAAUACUAUUUAUACCUGUUUAUACAUUAAUAAAGUAUAUGUUUGUAUAUUUUAAUUACGACCCUAGAAAGCUCAUAACGGUACUUUUAUAUAUGUAAAAAAAAUCAUACUUAUAUAAGAAAAUAAUUUAGUUUGGAAAAUCAAUUAAACAAAAUGUAUGGUGUAAACUAAAACAUUACAUUUAUUAGACUGUUUAUUAUUAUUAUUGUGUACUUUAAUAAGUCUUGUUUGACUUAAAUAGCAUGUCCAUUGUCCGUGUGUAUAUUUUUAAUUUGUUAAGUUUAAGACUGAUUUUUUUUUUAAGGAAAUUUAUAUUACUUAGGGCCUACCUAUUUUAUAUUAUUUUGUACAGCUUGAAUUAGUCGUUACUUGAUAUUCUAUAAAAAAUAAUUGGUAAAUUUGUCUUUUUUACAUUUUUUUUAUAGUGUUUUACAGAAAUACAACUAUUGAUACUGAUGAAA